AUGUCGUUUUCCAAUUUGAGAUGUGUUGUUUUCUCUCUUUUCAUUCCCAAUUUUCGACAUCCAAACCCUAAAUUCAUUCCGAGGAAGAUGUUCUCUCGAUUACGUGAUCAUGAAGAAGAAGAAGAAGAAGACAAAGACAAUCUCGUUUUCUCAUUCAAUCGUUUGCUCCAUCAGAAUCCUACCCCACCCAUCUUGCAAUUUAACAAGAUUUUAGGUUCCCUUGUCAAGGCCAACCAUUACUCUACUGCCGCUUCGCUUCAUCGACGAUUGGUAUUAACGGGAAUUGCUUCAGACUUAUUCACCUUCAACAUCUUGAUCAAUUGCUUUUGUCAAUUGGGUCUCAUUUCUCUUUCCUUUUCUGUUUUUGCCAACAUUCUCAAGAAGGGUUAUCACCCAAAUGUCAUAACUUUUAAUACAAUCAUCAAAGGUCUCUGUCUCAAAGCUCAAAUCCAUCAAGAAUUGCACUUUCAUGACAAGCUCGUUGCCCUAGGAUUUCAUCUCAACCAAGUUAGUUAUGGGACACUUAUCAACGGAUUAUGUAAAGUCGGAGAAACACGAGCUGCCUUGCAAUUGCUCAGACAAGUUGAUGGGAAAUUGGUUCAACCUGAUGUGGUAAUGUACAACAUAAUUAUUGAUAGUAUGUGCAAAGAUAAACUUGUUAAUGAAGCUUUUGAUUUAUAUUGUGAAAUGCUUGCUAAGAGAAUUUCUCCCGAUGUUGUCACUUACACUGCUUUAAUUAGUGGCUUUUGCAUUGUUGGUAAAUUGAAAGAGGCAAUUGCUUUGUUUAAUAAGAUGAUGUUGGAAAACAUCAACUCAGAUGUCUAUACCUUUAGUAUAUUGGUUGAUGCAUUUUGUAAGGAAGGAAAAGUGAAAGAAGCUAAAAAUGUGUUUGCUAUGAUGAUGAAAAAAGACACAAAACCUGACAUUGUUACUUAUAACUCUUUAAUGGAUGGAUAUUGCCUAGUGAAAAAAGUGAAUGAGGCCAUGGAUAUAUUCAACACUUUGACCCAGAGAGGAGUGAGUGCAAAUGUUCGGAGCUACACUAUCAUGAUCAAUGGACUGUGUAAGAUUCAAAUGGUUGAUGAAGCCAUUAACUUAUUUGAACAAAUGCAUUGUAGAAACAUUAUUCCUGAUGUGGUAGCUUACAACUCCCUUAUUGAUGGUUUGAGCAAAUUAGGGAGAAUCUCAGAUGCUAUAAAGCUUAUUGAUGAGAUGCAUGAUAGAGGUCAAUCUCCUGAUAUAAUCACUUACAAUUCAUUAUUGGAUGCUUUAUGCAAAAAGCAUUAUGUUGAAGAGGCAAUUGCAUUGUUAAGAAAAUUUAAAGACCAGGGUAUUCAACCAAAUUUGUAUACAUAUAAUAUUCUUAUUAAGGGACUGUGCCAAAGUGGAAGGCUUAAGAAUGCACAAGAGGUUUUUCAAAAUCUUUUAAUUAAGGGCUACAGUCUAGAUGUCCAUACAUAUACGGUUAUGAUCCAAGGGUUGUGUGGCAAGGGUUUGUUUGAUGAAGCGUUGGCAUUGCUGACAAAAAUGAAAGGCAAUGGCUGUGUUCCAAAUGCUGUAACUUAUGAAAUAAUUGUCCGUUCUCUGUUUUAUAAAGGUGAAAAUGAUAAGGCAGAGAAACUUCUUCGUGAGAUGAUUGCGAGAGGUCUUCUGGAAGAUUGAAAUUAGGUAAACAACUCUCUUGUUACACAUUUUUAUUUGGAAAUUAUAUUUCAUUUUUAUGACAUUAUUUAGUUUUGGUAGUUGCAUCGCCUAAUGAGAAACAAACUUCUAUUACUCAUGUUUCUUUUGU